AUUAUAGGAUUAUGUUAACGUAACAUAAUAGUAUUUAGAUCACAUACAUUUUAUACUAAAUACGUCACUGGGAUAACGUUACGCAAAAAAUAGAGAUUCCAGAGUUCGAAGAUUUCAAUUUCAAAUAUAUGGAUAUAUCAAAUAUUUUAUAAAUUAUCAGCAAAGAACAGUGACUUUCAAACUGGUUUAAAUAUCCAACCUUUUAAAACUCAUCAAACACGUGGAAAAACUAAAUAAUAUUCAUAUAUUUUGACUUAUCAACACUAUGCCUCCAUUUGUGAGGGUAAAACUGGUUAAGACGGAGCCAGGACCUAAUUUUGUUCAGAAUGGGGAACCAUUUGAUCCGUUUGUUGCAGUGAACGUAAAGGAGUGUAUUUUCCAAGAAGGUCGUGGAAGUCAGUUAGUACAGAAGAAGAAAACUAUUUAUCCAGAAUGGAAUAGUUGCUUCGAUUCACAUUUGAAAGAUGGCAGAGUUAUACAGAUUGUGACUCUACAAAGGCCAAACAAGAUGCUGGCUGAGUGCAAUAUAGGAUUACAAAUACUUGCUGAUAAAUGUAAGAAACAAAGCAUGGGAGGAGCAGGAACAGAUGUUUGGUUGGAUCUCAAGCCAGAAGGAAGACUACUGGUUCAAGUGAAGCUAUUCGUAGAGCAAGAAGACGUCAUGCAAGACCAGGAACUUCCAGAGCGAACGAUUCAGCGUCGACGAGGUGCGAUGAAAAAGGCCAAAGUUCAUGUGGUCAAAGGUCACGAAUUCACAGCCAAAUUUUUCCGCCAGCCUACGUUCUGUUCUGUCUGCAAAGAUUUCAUGUGGGGAUUGAAUAAGCAAGGAUACCAGUGUAAAGAUUGUGGAGCUGCGUUGCAUAAAAAAUGCAUUUAUUGUGUUCUUGCAUCGUGCAGUCGUACUGCAGUCGGAUCGGCUCACACAGUGUAUCUGAAAGAAAGAUUCAAGAUCAACAUGCCUCACAGGUUCAAAGUCUGCACCUUUCUUCGACCGACAUUUUGCGAUCAUUGCGGUUCCAUGUUGUAUGGUCUUGUCAAGCAAGGAGUUAAAUGCGAAGAGUGUGGGACUAGUUCUCACCAUCGAUGCUACAAGAAGAUGCCGCAUACCUGUGGAGUAAAUCAGUCUCUACUUGCUGCAGCAUUGGAGAAAUUGGAUAAACUGCCUUCAGUAGAGGAGAAAGGAUCCAAACAACUGCCCACACCAGAAUCCAGCAUAUAUGAAGACGUUCCACAAAGUCAAUUAUUAGUUCCAAAGCAACCCAGACCAAUGUCAACUCCGCCCAACAGUCAAAUUUACGAGCCAUUAUGGGGUGCACAAUCAGGCCAAGGAGGCUCUAAACCCCAGGCAGCCCCUAUCCCUGCACCAAGAGCAAGUAAACGCGGCAUGGUCAAAUUCACAAGCGAUGAUUUCAGGUUGCUGAAGGUCCUAGGGAAAGGAAGUUUCGGAAAGGUGCUUCUAGCAGAGUUGAAAGGUCACAAUAAAUUCUAUGCGAUCAAAGCUUUGAAGAAAGAUGUCGUAGUCGAGGAUGAUGAUGUUGAAUGUACGAUGGUUGAACGAAGGGUUCUCUCUCUCGCUUGUGAACAUCCGUAUUUGACGCAUCUGUUCUGUACUUACCAGACUAAUGACCAUUUAUUCUUUGUGAUGGAAUACCUGAAUGGUGGAGAUCUCAUGUUUCAUAUCCAAGCAAGUGGACGCUUCACCGAACAAAGAGCUAAAUUUUAUGCCGCUGAAAUUGUGUUAGGCCUGCAGUAUUUACAUGGAAAAUCAAUUGUCUAUCGUGACCUGAAACUUGACAAUGUUCUGUUGGAUUGUGACGGCCACAUUAAGAUUGCUGACUUCGGGAUGUGUCGGGAGAAUAUCACUGCCACUAACAAAGCAUCUACGUUUUGUGGAACACCAGACUACAUCGCUCCUGAGAUUCUACAGAACAAAAAGUAUACAUUUGGUGUGGACUGGUGGUCGUUCGGUGUCUUGCUUUAUGAAAUGAUGCUUGGACAAUCACCUUUCCAUGGAGAAGAAGAGGAAGAUUUAUUCAAUGCAAUCCUAACUAAAGAACCAGUCUUUCCAAGAUGGAUGCCCAAGGAUUGUACUGCUUGUAUAAAGGAGCUUCUUAAAAAAGAACCUGAAAAUCGUCUCGGCGUCAUCAAUGAAGUCAAAGACCACCCAUUCUUCACAUCGAUUGAUUUCCAACGACUGGAAAAGAGACAAAUUGAUCCGCCAUUCAAACCUAAAGUUAGAUCUGCCAGUGACUACAGCAACUUUGAUAAAGAAUUUUUGGCUGAAAAACCAAGGCUGACACAGGGAGACAAAGAUGUUAUUCAAAGUCUUGAUCAAGGCUGCUUCAGAGGAUUCAGUUUCAUCAAUGCUUCUGCUGCUGUAGGAUUGAAAAAGACAACGUGACCUCUCAACUUCGAACUUUAAGGGUCAUUAACUUCAAAUUAUCAACUCUAUGAGCUUUUAUGCACAAACUGUUAAACUUUUUAGCAUUGACUUCUCAGUUACAUGGUUCUAGGGCCAUGAAUAUUUAUAUCAAUCGGGCUUUAUACUAAUCUUCAUUGCUCGGUAAUAUAGAUAACUGACAUAAAGAUGUUCAUGGCCUAAAUAAUCAUGUCAUACUGACAAAAACAAUUGUUGACACCCCAAAAUUUGUGAAAGAGGCUUUUCGACCCUCGUUCCAUUGGCACUUGAGAUUCUUUGGACCUAUAAGAGGGUACCAUAUGAAUUAUUUCACAUGGGAAAUUAGACACUGCUGUUUUUUGGACAGGGUUAUCUGGAAUUAGUGAAAAAGAUCGCUUCUGCCGAUAUUGACCAAAUCCAUGAGGAUGCCAGUUAAAUAGAAAGGGAGAUAUUUUAUUUUUUCGUCAACCAAAUAAAACAACAGUCGUAAUAAUGAAAAAUAGUAACGAGUAAUAAAUUAGUUUGUAUAAACAGGAGGGAGUGAUGUGAACUGACAGACGGUCUCCAAAGUCAACUUGCCCAAAUUAUCAUAAUACCAAAUAUUCAUGGUAAUUGGAGCAAAAUGAUGACUCGUAGAUUGGUAAGAUUGGUAGUAUAUGGUCUACAUCUGGUACUAAAUAAACAACAGUUUUUACACUAAACUGCCCUUUCUAAAUAAUUGCAUUUUUCUGAAAAAUGAUAGCUCAUCAUCAUGUAUUAGCGAUGCUUGUCCAGAUUAAGUCGUGUAAAAAAUGUCCUAAAAAUCUAAUGUUUAUUUGUGGCAUUGUUAGGAGGUAUUUCAGUUUUUAAGUUGUGCGUUCUGUUGCUUUUUUUUUUAAUUUUUAUUGAUGUUCCGUCCAUAAUGGCUGUUUACCCUUAAUUCCUCAGUAUAGCAAUUUUCUUGUAAAACUGCAUCUCCAUAUAACAUGGCCCGGGAAUCGGAUAUAAGCACCAGACUUUGCUUAUAAGGAUAUAUGAUUCUAAUAAUUUUCUGACUGGCUUGUUGCCCAGUAGCGAAGCAUAUGCAAGUUUUAUUUUUUAUUGUAAUGUGACCGAACUGAUUUAGAGCUGACGCUCUUUCACUCUUUUAGUUGAUUGAUACUCACUGACAAAAAUGUAUUUAUUUAUAUCCAUGGAACAAUUUUCUACAGUUUAACCUGGAUUAAAAAACACAAAAAAUAAAGUUUGAUUUGCGAGUCAGAAGCAUUUUUUUAAAUAUAAGAAAAAGGUUUUAUAUCUUACACACCUUGAAACGCCUUUUGGACCCUCAAAAAUCUUGAAAACCCACACUUUCCGGCAUUUGUACCGGACCCUCUAGUUCAGUGGUUCUCAACCUUUUUUCAUUCGUGGCCCACUUUUUGUCGCACGAAAGUCCCGUGGCCCACUAAUUUUUUAUGCUUGAAGAAACUACUAACUUUUAAAAACAAAUAGCAACAGAUCAUAUUUCAGAAUGAAUUUUUAUUCUGACCAUCCGACCAUAGAAUGUGUUUGUUGCGUCACAAUGCGUUUUUACAAUAAGGCAUGUUUUGCAAUUGGAUAUAUUGUUUUCCCAAGACGCGUGAAGCUGAUUAUGUUAACGAAUCAAUUUUUUCAAUCAACAACCCUUGCAUUUUAUAAUUGUUCUGUGGCCCACCUCAAAAUGUCUCUGUGGCUCAUGGCCCACUGGUUGAGAACCAGUGCUCUAGUUGUUACGGUCCAACUUGGCAAUUAGAAAUAUCAGAACCCCCCUGUUUGAAAAUUUUUGUUUAUGCAUAAUAUGGUUGAUCCAUCCUAUCCUAUUAUUAACCUUCUCCCAUGAAUUUUAUACCAAUGUUCGGCUGCCUGAUCAUGACCAUACCCAAUGCAGGCAGACAAGUGGAAAUAGUACAACACAAGGUUAAUCUAUAUUCUGAGCCUUCCUAUCUUCAUUCGAAUACAUAACCUUAUCUUAUGAGAUUGGUUCUUGGUUCCACUGUCCCUCCCAAUUCCUCAAAUAUCAAAUUUUCUGUAUGUACAAUCAAAUUUGUAUGUUAAUCCUCUUUACCAUGUGCUUUCAAUGUAUCAGCUUUUUAUGGCCUCUUGUUUUAAAACUAUUUUAAUGAAUGAAAUCUUUCUCGUCAGUUUGUGUCAACCUUUUACGCCAAUCCCAAUUAUGUUUUUUUAAUUAUCAUGUGGUCCUAGCUUUACAACAGAGUUAUGUUAAAGGAGACCUAUAUAUAUUAUAUUAUGUACACAGCACAACAAAUUUUAU